AUGGCGUCUCGAUAUCUUCUUGCUGGUAUCACGGCAGCAGGAUUGAUUUUUUGGUACGACUUCAAGAGCUGGCAGAGCACUGGCGGCACUCCACCAACACUGCAAGGCUAUCUCAAGAUCCGGCGAUGGGGACUCUAUCUACUCUACUCGCGACAAAAUCUUUUGGAUCCAUCGCCAAUUCCUGAUUCUGGAGAAUCAUACCUCAAGCCAGAAAAGGUCCAAAACAGACAGGGACCCCGGCCAGGACUUACACGAUGGACACUUCCUCAGCGCCAAGUCCCAGAAAACAUUACAGCAGGCGCAUCCGCUGCACUUCAUAAUCUGAUGCAAGAGUUUGCCAGCACUGCUCCUUACAACGAGUAUAUUGACACUCGACCAAGCAAAACUGAGGGUGGUACUGGUCCUGCUAUCUAUGUAAAAGAAGGCGUCAAGACUAUCAAUCCUGUCGCACACAAGAUUUUCUACGAAGUCGCCCAUGUUCACCCUGCAGAAAACUCGCUACACGUUUAUGUUAGUCCCCAGGAUGCGAAGCUGGUCAUGAAACGAGGCUGGGGUCAGCGUUUCCCUGUGACAUGGAUAGCACCUCCGAGCUGGAUCAUGGUGUACGCACCGAGAAACGAGGAUGAGGUUGAGAUUGUGCGAGAAAUUGUUAGAGCCGCUGUAUGCCAUGCCGUAAGCAUGAAUAUCUACGAGGACAUGGAAUGA